GAUUGUCAGAUACAUUCUCCCACACACACCUGUGGACAGAGCUGCUCACCUUGACCCCUUAGCUUACUCCCCAGCUGUCCUGUAUUCUCUUAAAAAUAAUGUUUACACCUCUCCGGCCACCCACAGCCUGGGCAGCCUGCGCAGGAAGAGGCAGAGGGGUAGAGUUCCAUGUCACAGACCUUCUGAGUGGGGGAAGGCACAGCUCUGAGGAGAAUCUGGGCUGAGUGUGGUAGCGUUUUUUUUCCCAGAAGACCCAGUCAGGAGCAAGGCAGACCUGGAAUGAAAUCCAGCACUAGUAUAGCAGAUGCUAACCCGGACUCAGUAGGCCUGUUUCCUCACCCAGAAUGGGUUCAGGUGACCGCUCAAGUCCCAUCCAGCCCUGAAGUUUAUGGUGCCCAUAAAACUUCAGCUCAUGGUUCCUUCCUCCCUAUCGCCAUGACCAGAGUCUGUUCCCACCUCUGUUGUCUCCUGUGUCUUCCUUCUGGUGUGGAAUUCAGAGAUUCAAGGACCUCUGGCCACCAGAGCCCUGGGCUGAGUGCCAACCCAGUCCCUCUGCCACUGGAUGGAGCAAGAGAUACAGCUGAGAGCCCUUGCCUGCCUUGGUGAGAGGCAGGGCUGGGCAGUUUCCAGCCCUCCUGGGCCACAUUCCCACCUGUGGUGGUUCUUUCGGGGUCAGAAUGGAGAAGGAAGGGGAGGGCCCCUACCCACUGCCUGGUGUGGACAUGCCCACUCUGCCAAAUCCCGUGCUCUGGAGGCAAGACGUAGACUGACGCUUCAAAGAUGGCAUCACCAACAAGCUAGUGGCCUGCUAUGUGGAGGAGGACAUGCGGGACUGUGUCCUGGUCCGGGUGUAUGGGGAGCGGACAGAGUUGCUGGUGGACCGGGAGAACGAGGUCAGGAACUUCCAGCUGCUGCGAGCACACGGCUGCGCCCCCAAACUCUACUGCACCUUUCAGAACGGGCUGUGCUAUGAGUAUAUGCAGGGUGUGGCCCUGGGACCGGAGCACAUCAGAGAACCCAAGCUCUUCAGGUUAAUCGCCUUAGAAAUGGCAAAGAUUCACACCAUCCACGCCAAUGGCAGGUUGCCCAAGCCCACCCUCUGGCAUAAGAUGCAUCAUUAUUUCACGCUGGUCAAGGAUGAGAUCAAUCCCAGCCUUUCUGCAGACGUCCCUAAGGUGGAGGUGUUGGGACAGGAGCUGGCCUGGCUGAAGGAACACCUGUCCCAACUGGAGUCCCCUGUGGUAUUCUGUCACAACGACCUGCUCUGCAAGAAUAUCAUCUAUGACAGCACCAAAGGCCACGUGCGGUUCAUCGACUAUGAAUAUGCAGGAUACAACUACCAGGCUUUUGACAUUGGCAACCACUUCAACGAGUUUGCAGGUGUGAAUGAGGUGGAUUACUGCCGGUACCCAGAUCGGGAGAUCCAGCUACAGUGGCUGCGCUAUUAUCUUGAGGCACAGAAGGGGACCGCUCCAACCCCCAGGGAGGUAGAGCGCCUUUACGCACAAGUCAACAAAUUUGCUCUGGCCUCCCAUUUCUUCUGGGGACUCUGGGCACUCAUACAGAACCAGUACUCCACCAUCAGCUUUGACUUCCUCAGGUAUGCGGUGAUCCGAUUCAGCCAGUACUUCAAAGUGAAGCCUCAGGUGUUGGCCUUGGAGAUGCCAAAGUGACCAGCCUCCUGCUCCUCCGUGUGCUUCUGAUGCCAGACCUGUUCCCCAGGGUACCCUCCUGCCUUGCGAUUGGGCACCCUUGGGGCACGCGGGCAGCCAUGGUAAAGGCUCCCCGGUGGAUGCCGAUGAAGACUUCAUUUUCCUGUUUGGAGGGGCUGAAGCCCAGCAUUGGGGUGGGGGUUCCUCUUCACCCUGACAGGCUUGGAGAGGAAGUGCCUGCAGAUGGCUGAGGCCGGGGCUGUCACCCUUUGAGAGCACACCAUUGCCCAGCCCAGGCCUGCUGGAGCUUGGGCUGCCUCAGUUUGCCCUUGACCCUCCCUAGCAGGGGAGGGGAAGGGCUCAUUUCUACCUCUGGUGCCCCAGCCUCCAGCUGAGCUGCGUCUGCCCUAGGCGAGAGGUGCUGAGCCCCAAGCCAGCAGGAAGCUAGCUCUGCUUGUCACCUUGGGGACAGAGCUCCCAGCCAGGCCCGGCAGCUCUGCCAGCCACUGCCUCAUCUGAGCUGCUCACUUCUCCAAGCCAGACGCCAUCCCAUCACCCCUUCCCCAGCUCCCCUGUGCUUCUGCUCGGGCCCCUGCAGAGGAGAGGGAACGGCGGCGGCGGCAGACCUGGAAUAGCUAUGGUCUUGGAUCGGGUGGCAGGUACCAGAGCCAGCAGCAGCCUCCGCCUCUCUCCCCUCCAAGGAUCUGUCUGUCCAUCUCUGUCUUCUACUCUGCACAUAGCCGACCAUUUGGGAAUGGGCCGUGGAGGCAAGGGGGCGUGGCCAGAUACCCAAAGCGUUAGCAGCUGUCUCCGCCUCCCAGUCCCCCAGUUCCUAGGGGGCCUGCUCUAGGCCCCCACUGUGAUUCCAUUUGUAAAUUAUGUUUUUCUGCAUUAAAAUGUUUGUUUCUGGAA